CAGCACUUGAUCAACACAGUCACGCCUCACUAGUACUGGGCACAGAUCAUGGCAGCGCUUUACCGCUUUCCCAUGGAUGGUAACUAGUCCUACAGACAUGCCUUGGUACAGCGGGCAGUGCACAGGUACGGCUUUGAAAAACAAUACCGUAAUGGAAUUUAUGAGCACAAAUAGUGAUCACAAGGAAGAGACUGAAUUGUUGUAUGCUUUUCUGAAUAUGUCGGACAUUGUUAACAAUAUGGAAAAUUUGUACCUAGAUGGUGAAGACUCUGAUGAAGAUAAAAGGACAGUUGCUACAUGUCAUGAACCAUACGAAUAUGAAAACAGAUCAGAUUCUUUGAUUCUGAGUGGACAAGAAAUGUCUCUUUUGUCUUCUGUCAGAUAUGGAACUACCAGGGAACUACUCAACUUUGCAAAUCAAGUCUCGGAUGUAAAAAACAAUUUGUAUAACUGUCUGCAAAGUGAAUGUGGAAUUAUACUGAACAGGAUGCUAACAAUCAAAAAUGGUCGUUAUCAGAUAGACGCAGAUGUGCUCUUAUUCCCUUGGAAGCGAACGUACAAAAAUAUUGGUUCUGAAUUUAUUCCUUCUGGUGCUUUUGGAAGUGUACAUCUGGCACAAGAUAUAGAGACAAGAAAACGAAUGGCAUGCAAAUUGAUCCCAGUAGAACAGUUCAAACCAGCAGAUGUGGAGAUACAAGUUCAGUUCUGUCAUGAAAAUAUCGCUGAGCUAUACGGGGCUGUGUUGUGUGACCGUAUAGUUCAUCUUUUCAUGGAAGCUGGAGAAGGAGGCUCUGUCAUGGAAAAGCUGGAAAGCUGUGGCCCGAUGAGAGAAUUUGAAAUCAUCUGGGUGACAAAAAACAUUCUUAAAGGAUUAGAUUUUCUUCACUCAAAAAAUGUCAUCCACCAUGAUAUAAAACCGAGCAACAUUGUUCUGAUGUCAACAAAAGCUGUUCUAGUGGACUUUGGACUAAGCGUUCAGAUGACUGGUGAUCUGUAUUACCCAAAAGACCUCAGAGGGACAGAGCUUUACAUGAGUCCAGAAGUCGUUCUCUGCAGAGGCCACUCUACCAAGUCUGAUAUAUACAGUUUGGGAGCCACAGUUAUUCAUAUGCAGACUGGAAAUCCUCCCUGGGUGAAGCGGUACCCACGCUCAGCAUACCCUUCCUACCUCUAUAUAAUACACAAGCAGGCACCGCCAGUAGAAGACAUAGCAGAAGAUUGCAGUCCCGCCAUGAGGCAGCUUCUUGUUUCAUUACUGGAACGUAAUCCCAAUCAAAGGCUUUCUGCUGCUGACCUGCUAAAACACGAAGCCUUGCAUCCUCCUCCAGAGGACCAACCUCGCUGCCAGAGUUUGGACAGUGCUUUGUUUGAAAGGAAACGAUUACUCAAGAGAGAGUUUGAGCUGCCUGAAAACAUAGCAGACUCAUCAGUGUAUGUGAGUGAAGAAUCGGAGAUGCUCAGAAGACAGAGGUCUUUGUCUCUUGACCUAGGAGCCCUUGCUGGCUAUUUAAACAUUGUCCGCGGACCACCUAAUAUGGAAUAUGAUUGCCAGUAAUUAUGCAUUGAUAAUGAGGAGACGGAAAUAUGAAAGCCAAAGACUGUCGUGUGAAUUGGGCACUGUGAAUUAACGAUUAGCUCCUGAUAUAGUUUGAACGCUAUAAAUCACUACACUAAUAAACAAAAUUUCACAGGGGAAAACUUUUACUGCAAUUAUAUAAUGUUUUAGAUAAAAUCUUAUAAAUUGCUUUAUGCUUAUGUUAUUCAUUAGCUGUGCUGUAAUUAUGGGAAAUCUUUCAAUGUGGCAGAUGUCAAAACUAGUGUAUACCUUAUAAGUAGCAAAAAUGUUUAAAAAUAUGCUUGAGAGAGUGAUUAUGUUCCUGUGGAAAUGUAGUUACUGUUGUUUUUUGUCAGAAAAUGUUGUGUAAUGUGCUAACAUGUUGUUGUGUACAUCCUAAAGGAUGAUCUGAUAUUCUGUAAGACUAAUUAUUCUGCCUCUGUUGUACAGAGUAUAGAUGUGCUAGGGAUAGCAUUUGGUGUACUAUAUACACAAAGUAGCAUACUGUGUAUGCUUAACACAUCAUGUGAUAUGGCAUUCAGGCCAGUUUGUUAAAUUUAAGCAUUCGUUGAAGAGUGUCACUGUAAAAAAAUAUAAAAAAAAAUAUAUUAAUCUUAUUGUCAAAAUAAAUCAACAGUGUAAUAGCU